UUAUGUUUUGCAGAUAAAGGAAAAUGGAAGGCGAUGGUGACCAGCGGGAAGGGCGAACUUUGUGGCAUCACCAGCCCUGUUUGUGCUGCGGGGAAAAUGCUUUCAAAUUUGGGAUUGCAGGAUUUACUUUGCUUUCUGGUAUGUUUAUAGUACUGAGCACACAAUGUGUCCAACCAACCCAUCAGCACCUUGGACAAAAUGUCAUUCAUUCUCACUUAGAAAGGCACUUUAACACACAGGCCACAGCCCAGCAUAGGGUUAGGAGGCACACAAAAAUUGGGACUGAUUGGCCCUGGUCCCAAGCUUACAUAAAGCAUACGGGAAUCAUGGGAUUAAAUUCUAACAAAGGCUUGAAUUUGUCAACAGUGGUUAUGCAUGGGGCAGAGGUGUACCUGGAAAAUGAGUGGGGCUGGGAUAGCACAAACAGACUUCCACAGCUGCUGGGGAAGGUGGGACAGCAAAUAAAGGUGGGGUGCCGGGUAAUUAAUGGAUCCACUCACCAGAGGGUAACUCAAAUCUCUGUCACUGAAGUGAAAACUGAGAAGAAUCAGAAAAAAAUUUGUGCUGUGGAUAAAUUGGACUGCUGGUACAAUUUUACUUUGGUCCAGCCAGUCUUUGUGGUUUGCCUCUGGGCACACAACAGCAUGGGGCUGUCCUUUAAAUUUAAGAUCAGCACCACAGCACCCUCCUUUGCUGCCAUUAAGAUCUCAAAGUGUCAUUUCUUGGCAUGGCGUGCAGCCCCUUAUGUUGAAAUUGGCAACCAGGUAAAACUGGAAAUUAAAUACUCCCAAGAAAGUGUAGCUGACCCAACGCAAAUUAAUGGCACCACCGUGACUGUCACAGCCCCCAACGGCCGCAAGUGGAUCAUUCCAUUGACCUGCCUCUGUGAGAGCAAAACUCUAGAUAGAUCUGAACUAGAUGCAGAGGCUUCAUGGUAUAAUCAGGAUUAUGGACGCUGCCCACACCUGAUCAUAACCCUCCAGGUGUGGUGUCGAGGAAACCUGAGCGUAGAAAUGUCCCCCGGCCUUGGAGGAAAGUGGUGGAUAGGAGGCCCCGAAGGAUUUAAAAAAGAAUUUUCCAUCACUGCUGUCUUGCCCCCUCUUGUUUCCAAGAUAGGUCCUUAUGUAGUGAAGAAAAACCACAUCCAGGAGCUGUUGACAGGGCCUGUCCGGUCGCUAAAGAAAGUGGUGCUGUCUCUGUCCACUGUUAAUAUUUCCUCUGUCAGACCACACUGUGCCCCCUUCCUGGCUACUCUGCACACUGGCUGGCUAGCAUGGCUCCACAGCCGCUCCCUCCAGGCCACCCGGGCCAGGAGAGACCUGCUGGCCACAGUGCUGGGCGGAGGAGGUGCUGGCCUGGGAGUCCUCAACAGCAUGAACUCUGAGGUCUUGGCAAACAAGCUGGAGACUGUCACCUCGAGCGUGCAGAACCUCCUCAAGCCCCUGAAUUCAUCCCUGUCCAGCCUUGGGAUGGGGCAGUGGCUUGUGUCAGAGGUGCUGCCCACCUGGGAACAAAUAAGUGAGAAAGACCAUCAGGUGCUGUUGCGAGCCCUGGGCAUGGAACAAAGUAACGUGUCUCUCGCUCUCAGCUGCAUCCAGGCCCAGAUGUGGGUGCAGAGUGUCGUUGCAGGCAUCCUGAGGGACGGUGACAACGGCGUCCUGCCCACCGAGAUCCGAAAGAUCGUGUGGGACGCGGCCACGGAGAAGGAGCGGCAGCUCCAAGCCUGGUGGAGGCUCGUCAACUUCACCCACGACCAGGCCCUCAACGCGGUCGUUGCCCACGUCCUCACCGUGGCAGAGGCUCGCAUUGAAAAGGUCUACCCCAUCGUGGCCCUGGGGGUGAACACCAACGGGUCUGUGGUCUACCCCCUGGAGCACCGCAUGUGGGCCAGGGUGUCUGAUGGGAGGUGGGAGACGGUAGAUUUGGAAGCCUGCAUUUUGGAGAGGGGGCUGGGAUUCAUAUGCGAGGACGAUGCCCUUAGGGCGAGUGACGUGUGCUUUGACACCAAAGAAGGGGUGUGCCACUUCGAGAUCAACCCCCAGAGCAGUAACAAAACCGUGUUAGUGUACGUAGGGAAAGGCUGUGUGUGCUUCAGAACCAUGUGUAAAUACGUGCAAAUUAAUGAAGCUUAUAACCAGACUGUCUUUAGCGACUCAAAUAUGUGUGCUUGCAAUGUAGCUACUAUUAGAGGCUGUGAUUUUGUGUAUAAACCACCUGUGUUUACUAGCCAGUUGCUAAUCAGAAACUAUACCUUGUAUCGUAGUAUAACCCCGACGCCCAUCGGGAUGGAUUUAUCACUUGUAAAAGAAAUGUUAGAGCAUGCAAAUUUGCAGCAGCUGCUAGAAAAUGCCAAGGCCGAAGCUAAAAAGAUCCUAAUAACAGUUCACCACGAUGGUAAAGUUAUAAAACAGGUAAUGGAACGAAUUAGGAGGGCGGGAGAACACCACUGGUGGGAAGUUUUUUUCGGCUGGUCCCCCACGGCCACUGGCAUUUUCAACGCGCUGCUGCACCCCGUUGUAGUUAUACUGCUAAUGCAAAUCGGUGUGUGCUUUGCCAUGGUAGCCACUUGUUACCGGAUGAGGCAGAUGAAACUCUGCUUUGACAACCAGGUGAAAGGAGCAGGGCUGGCCAAGACCCUCAUGAAGUAGUCAAGGGCAAGACUGGGUUGGCCUCUGUGUUUGCCACCAAGAAGAUCUGUUGGCUCCGCUGUUGGCUGCAACCCAGUAGGCGUUGAGCGGUGGGGACACAUGCCAUGCCAGACCUUGAUGAGAGGGGUGGCCUCUCUGUCAGCAGAGGACCAUCCAGGAGGGAAGGACAGGCCAAGCAGCCUGCAGAUGGCAUGAGCCACAGAAUGGCUGAGGUUGGAAGGGACCUCUUGAGAGGUUUCUUUUAGUCUGAACCCACCUGCUCAAGCAAGGUCACCUAAAGCAGAUUGCCCAGGACUGUGUUCAGCUGGGCUUUGACCAUCUCCACAUAUGGAGACUCCACAACCUCUCCGGGCAAACCUGUUUCAUUGUUUGAUCACCCUCAUAGUAGAGAAGCAAAAGUUAGCAUAAGUAAUCUGUUUUUGAACUUCUCAUCCCCAAAUACUAAUGUUAAGAAGCUGCUCUUGUGUGAUUUAAGAGUCCUUACAAUGCCUGUGAGAUGCUACCUGGAACAGAGGCUAGACAGAGUUAAAGGAAUAAAGUAGGGAUUUAUUAAAAGGGCUUUAGAGGGUACACCUUGGACAGUACAAUCCAUGUUUAUGAAUUCUUAUCUAUGUUAGCACUUCUAGCUAACAAGCUAAAAAUUAAGAAAUGGAGAUGUAUCUCUCUCAUUACGAAGUCUUUUAAGGCUUAAUUGUCCAAUUAAAAACUAACACCUAGAUUAUUUUUACUUUUGACCCAAUGACCAAACACCCAUUUGGGUGACCCGCAGUGUGGUAUUUUCUAUCCAAUUAAACAACAUCCCACCUAGACUCAUGAAGAAGAAAAGAAACCUCCACCCUAAAACCUCUAUCUUGACCUUUAUAUAUUGCUAUAUUCUAAACCCCUAAAUUCUAAAUUUUCCACCAUGUGACACUACACACUUCUAUUCAAACUACAUACCAGUGAUUCUAGUUCUGUCAUUCAAUUUUGGAAGCCUUCUCCAAAGCCUCAGGUCAAAAGCAGUGCUCUUUUGGGGGUCAGUGCCUGACAGCACAGAAAGUUCAAAACUCCCAGUUUUCAGGGUUCCAACAGUUCAGAGUCACACAAUAAGGCAGUACAGAAUCUAAAAAAUAUGAAAGCUAAAGCUCAAGGCAUCAUUUAACCAUGGAGAUGGGGGUAAGGAAAUCCAAGGACACUGUCUUUGGAAGGAAAGAGAAGGAAAUGCAACACCUGAGCUUGGAAAAGCACCCAUUGAAGACAGCAGGGGUGUGAACAGCCUCAAAGACUUGGAAAGAUGGUAAAAGAUGAGCAGAACAGAAGACUCUGUAAUCGCCAUGGACUUUAAGGAGCUGAAUCCACAUGGACCUUUGCAGCACCACCUCCAGUUUCCCAAGACUCCCUGCACGUCUGGCCAGCGGAUUGGUGAGAUCUUGUUUUUGGAGCCUGGACAUCACUGCUUUGCUUUGUUUUUCUUAGUUGUGCAUUUACUCAAUAAAUCUUUCUGUU